AUGUGGGGUCUAGUCCAGUUGCUCGUGGACUAUCUCGCGCCCAUAUUUUUAGUCUUGUCGCCCAUCACCUCCUACGCCGAUCAAAUCGCAUCGAUACACCGGAAAAAGUCGUGCGAUGGCUUCUCCCUCGAUAUCCCUCUCAUCAUGCUGGUUGCGUCGAUCCUCAAGGUCUUCUACUGGUUUGGCGCCUACUACGACAAAUCGCUCCUCAUCCAGGCCUCGCUCAUGAUCGUCGUGCAACUCAUCCUCUUGAAGGUCGCACUAGACAACCGAGCCCCAUCCGGUGGGAGCGAAAAAGGCGGAGUGCAUCAUACACCAUUUCACGGGUAUACGCAUAACACCCCAGGAAACAAAGGCAUGUUGAUGGACUUUUUGACGGAGGGGAGGAGACCCUUUGGGUUCUGGCAGUGGAAUGCCACAAAGCCGUACUUUGUCUUCCUCGCGUACUUCACCACAACCCUGCUCUUCAUCCACCUCUUCCUCCCCUUUAUUUCCCAGACUCCCUUCUACGUCACCUUCCUCGGCUACUUCGGGCUCGCGGUCGAAGCCAUCCUCCCUGUCCCACAAAUCCUCAAAAACCACCGAGCCCGGUCUUGCAAAGGGUUCCGGCUCUCCGUCAUCAUCAACUGGUUGGCGGGCGACACCAUGAAAAUGAGCUAUUUCUUCCUCAGCAAGGAGUUUAUACCCUGGCCGUUCCGCCUGUGCGGCAUCUUCCAGGCUUGUUGUGAUGUGUAUUUGGGGCUGCAGUUUUUGAUGUAUGGGCAGGGUCCGCCUGGCAUGAAGGAAGAAGUCCCCAUGGCUAAUGUAGGAGCCGGGUCAAUGGGGAAUGCUGGAUUCCCUGGGUGA